AUGCAGCCGGUCUCAGCAACCGUGCUCCGGGCUACCAGAGCCUGCGACGCCCUUGCAGGAUUUGGUUCUGCGCUUCGAGGGUCGAAGACAUUGCAUCACAGGAGCUACCAGACCCAGAAGAUCAACAUGUUUUGGAGUCACAGUUGGCAUGGUUCGGCUUGGAGAAAAUGGAUAACUCUGCUGCUCUUCUACAACGGUCAAACUGCGACUGCCAUCGCAUGCAUCGGGUCCGCCUUUGCAUCUGUCCUUUUUGCCUUCGGGGUCUUGCCUGUCCUGAGUGGAGCCGACGACUUCACCAAGCAUUUGUCGCAGGACAAGUGGCAAUCCUUCUGGGCUGCCCUGGUCGGCAUGAUCCUGUACUUGUCGGUGCUGGUAUUCUGGAGACCGAGCGGGUCGAUCUUCCUAGAUGUGAUCUGCAUCGAUCAACUGAAUACACGCAGCAAAGGUCAGGGAUUGCUGAGCAUGGGUGCUUUCCUCAAGUCAUCACAGUCAAUGCUGGUCUUGUGGGAUGCCACCUACAGCGAGCGCUUGUGGACCAUGUUUGAGAUUGCUGGCUUCUUGAAGAGCCGUGGAGAGGGCGAGAGGCCUAGAAUCGUCUUGCGGCCCACCAAGCUAGGCCCGUGCUACCUCGUGCAGACACUGACGCUGAAUCUCCUUCUCACAGUUCUCGGCAAUAUCAGUAUACACGUCUCAGGCGACAGCGAAUGGGCGGUGUGGACUCUUUAUCUGCUUGUCGUCUUCGGCGUUCUCUACAUCAACUCUGCCGGUUUCAGGCUUUACUUUCGCUCUGUGAAUGAUUCCAUGGGUCGACUGGCACGCUGGAGUCUUGCAGACGUCAAUUGCUUCUGCUGCAGUGAUGGCCACAAUCAGAACCGUGGGCUCUGUGACCGAGAGAUUGUGCUCAAGUGCAUCCGCACAUGGUUCGGCAGCGUUGAGGAGUUUGAAAAGCGAGUGCGGACGGAGCUCUUGGAGACUUUUGUCUACGAGCAGGCCAGGCAACCCUUCACAUACGGACAGGUCGCCAUUGCUCUUGUCCCAAUAUUCUGGAGCUCCCUUGACAGAGCGUCCGUGUGGGCUCGCUUCGCUGCUGAUCUGGAUCCAUGGAGUGUGGCAUCGCCAGAAGUUGUGGCAUCGAGGGAGGUCAUACGGGGCUUAGGCUUGUGGUUGGGAGUCUGCCCUGUGGCGUUUCUCGUCCAAUGUCGACUCGCAUGUUGCUUGCAACGGAAGUGCCGAUGGUCGAUUUGUGACCAUGUGCUCAACUCGCUGCCGGUCUUCGCUACCGGUUUUUUCUUCUCUCUGCAUCUGCUUCUGGAGCAACUGUUGUUUUACCACCCGUUUCUGGAGUAUGAUGGACAUGGACAUCUACCCAGCACGAUUCUGCUCACCGCGACUGUGCUGCCUUUGGCAUGGCUGCUUUACAGAUACGUUGGGGCCGGUCCGACAGUGAGAGCCCGGACACUCAAUCGAAACAUGAUAUUUUAUGCGUGA